ACCUGGCUCCAGUAACCUGGGCCCUGUUCGGCAGCCCUGGACCGUUGGCAACAGUUUCUCCUCGUUGCGACCAAUGGCGUCUCUGCCAUGGCGUCCAAUCAUCCCCCCCUAUGACGUAUCGCUACUGUACCAUGCACACAGGCUUCACCGAAACCGCCGUCACCAUAUCUACCGCUGCUCUCCGCUUUCUCAACCCGCACGCUCCUCCCUCCAUCCAUUCGCGUCUGAAUUGCUGCGGUCCUUUCCAGAUAUAAAGGAGGUCUAUACCCGAAGAAUGGUUUCUGACCUAGCAUCCUGGUGCCGUUGGUCAGGCCAGAGCAUCUGGCUGUUCUCACUGCAGGUUUUUCUAUCGGGACGUGCGGAAACGCGAGAACUCCUCAGACGCUCAAGCUGCGAAUUCGCAAUUGAUAGCUGUACCUCCCAUCCUUCUGAUUGAGCAGCCAUGGCGGCCGUGGUUAUGCCCAUCCAUUCCUACACGUGGGUCUUCGUUGUGACUCUGAUUUUCUCCUUGCUCGACGGCUACGCCAUCGGUGCUAACGACGUUGCGAAUUCUUUCGCCACGUCGGUCGGAUCGCGGUCGCUCACCCUCAAGCAAGCCGUGUGUAUUGCCUUCUUCACUGAAUUCGGAGGAGCCAUAGCCCUUGGCGCUACGACAACCAAGACGGUCAAAGACGGAAUCAUCGAUAUCGACCUGUUUAACUCUCGGCCGGACCUUCUCAUGACAGGCUUCAUGUGCGCGUUAAUAGCCUCCGCGACAUGGGUCAUGACCGCGACCUAUCUAGGCUUCCCUCUCUCCACCACACACUCCAUAAUCGGUGCGCUAAUCGGUGUUGGCAUUAGCGCGUAUGGCAAGGACGCGGUCAUUUGGGGUUGGGAGGGUAAGGGCGUGGCUCAGAUCGCAACAUCAUGGGUCCUAGCCCCAUGCCUAGCUGGCAUCCUCGCAGCAAUCAUCUAUUUAGUCACACUCUUUACAGUCAUGAAACGGAGGAACUCUCUCCGAGCUGGCAUCUGGGCCGUCCCUUUCUACUUCACCAUCACCACCUUCAUCGUCAGUUUCUACGUCGUCUCAGGAAACAACCGGCUGGGUUUUAGGAGUGAAGAGGGUUCGAUCAGUGGCAACAUUGGCCUGGCGUUUGGCAUCAUCGGUGCAAUAACAUUCGCUGUUCUCAUCUUCUCUGUCGGGUUCCUCGUGCCAUUCUUUAUCCGACGGCUGGAGAAGGAGGAGUCCCUCAAGUGGUACCACGUCUUCUGCAUCCACUGCCUGCCAGAGCAGCCUCGUGACGCCAAGGUCGACCUGCACUUGAAACGUGCUUUCACCCCGCAGCUGCUGAACGAUGGUGAGAAGACAGCGUUCGGAAUGCGAGUGGAUGAGGAUAUAGAGGAGAGCAAGGAGGAGGGGUGGGAGUGGGAGAGGCGCAAGUACAUGAACCCCGUUGUCCGGCUAUUGCAGCACGUCAGGUGGCUGCUGCUGCGCACGUGGCACAUUGACAUUGUGAGCGUGCAGCAGGCGAACAGGGGUGCUGUGCGUGCGCACGAGGUGGCAAUUCUCUAUGACAACAAGACGGAGUACCUCUACUCGCUGCUGCAAGUCGUCACCGCUUCCUUUGCCAGUUUCUCCCACGGGUCUAAUGACGUGGCCAGUGCGCUGGGGCCCCUCGCUGGCGUGUUCCAGAUCUGGGACUCCGGCACCUUCACCACGAACGCCAGCGUGCCCUACUGGAUGCUCGCCAGUGCCGGGAUAGCCAUCGACCUCGGCCUCGCCCUGUAUGGUUACAACAUCAUGCGUAACCUCGGUAACAACAUCACUUACCACUCGCCCUCGCGCGGCUUCUCCAUGGAAUUAGGAGCAGCGCUCGCCGUCAUCACCGCAUCCUUCCUCGCCCUCCCAGUCUCCACCACUCAAUGCAUUGUUGGCGCCACUGUGGCCGUGGGUCUGUGCAAUUGCAACUGGAGGGCCAUCAACUGGGGCAUGGUGGCCAUUGCUGGCUUUGGCUGGGUGGUCACGCUUCCUGUGGCUGGCACUGCUGCUGGUCUGCUCUAUGCCCUCCUCACACGUGGGCCUAGCUUCACCUUGCCCCCUGGAAUGGAAACUGCAUGAAGGGAAGAAAAAAGCUAGAGCCGGUACUCUAUCUUUGCUGGUAUAUGUCUUUGCUUUUGUUGGGUUUUCACACCUGUAUAUACACAUAGUGCUCAC